CAAGGCAUUAGCUCACGUCCGUCUUCUGCUCUGAGCGGAAUCGAUUUCAACGAAGACACGGCUUAUCCUGCACAAAAUCGGCUGUCAACGCCAAUUUCCAAUGCGGGCCAGUUCACUCAAAAUGUUGGCGGCUCGCCCACGGCGUCGACAGCUGAAUCAUUUCAUCGAGCGAACAGCCUUAGAAGUGUAGCGUCAUCUGGUUUUGGAGGAUCGAACAAACCAGCGAAGCAGCGAAACGAUGAGCUGGCGUACUCACAACAGGACCUACUUGCCCUUGUGGACAGUUUACGUCUCGAGCUACGUGUCAAGGACUCACGAUUACGCGACAUGGAAGAAUACAUGGAUAAUCUGGUUCGUUUGUUCGAUUUCAUA